UCUCGGGGUGCAGCACUCGUGUCGCUUCUGCUACCGCGUGAGAGUGAGUGGGAGAGCGGGCGAGAGAAGAGAGAGAGGAAAGAUCAGAGUGACGGUGUAUAAGAGAGAGAGGAGAAAAACGAGGAGAAUUCGAAGAUCGCGAAAGGAAGAAGGAAGAGAGUAGCAGUGUGAUUGGUGUCGAGGUGAGACGAUUCGACGAGGAGCGAUAUAAUGUCUGAAAGAUGAAUGAACCUUGGACACGAUGAUAAAUAAAGUUCUCGAGGUGAGAACACGAUACGCGAACAGAAAGGACAACAACAGAUCCAAAGUCAGCGGGUUGAUCGUAACAGAAGCAAGGCGGUAGUGACCAUGGCGCUCUUGCUCACAUGUAAACAGUGCUUCGUGCUCGACGCACGCUUCGAGAGCAGCGUUCGUGAUCUCGCCAGUGUAUCGGUGGAAAGCAAUCGUGGCCGUCAUCGGGAUCGUCGUUCCCGUCGUUUUCGUCGGGAGGUCCGAUGAACGAUCGUUCGUGGCCGUAACGUCCAGGAGAAUCGUGAGGAGGCAAGACGGUAUGGACGGUAGAGACGAGUCAUGAUCCUCGUCCUGCCGCGUCGACGUUGUCCUCGUUGUCCUCGCCCUCGUCCUCGUCAUCGUCGUCGUGCUCGUCGUCGUCGUCGCCGCGCGAAAACCGUCCUCGCACGGUACUUCGUGGCUGUUGAUUCGUCGUGCGUGUGCGUGUGCGUGUGCGUGCCAGUAGAAGACGCUGAACCGAGCUGAACCCUCCAACGAUCAACGCUCAAACGUGAUUGAUGCUUGUCGCAUCCGACUGCUACCUAACAAGUGGUAACCAGCCAGCGAAACGAAAGAACCUGUGGUCAGCUCGAGUUGCGAAAGGAGUCGCGAAAUUCAGUGAGCCGCGCGUCGACGAAAGAAAGAACGCGAUUCCCGCGAGUGUCAUUCGCAUGUUAACGAUCGAUCACGGGGCUCGAUCGGACACCGUGACUCUGUCCAAUCGUUCGAUAGUGAAUCAAGUCGAUUGCAAUGGUGUUGCACGAAGUGAUGACCUUCUGCCUGGCCGAAUUCCGAAGAAGCUCAACACCUCUGUGUUACUCCCUGCUGUUGACGCAUACGCACAGAAGACUGAGGUGUACUAUUCCGCACUCGAAACAACAUAUCGCUUAUCCACCAUAAGUGGAAGAAGGUGAUGGCCCGUACCACGCGCUCGCGACGAAAAAUGGCGAACACGACUGAUGCUCCCUCGCCUGCGAGCAGCCUUUUGUCGUCUACCACGACGACCCCGUUCACCAGCCCGACAUCGACAACCUACUCCACCGAGGGCUAUACCUUCAAUUACACCGGCCUGUCCAGUCUAGGUGGUUCCUCGUUGGAGGACUUGAAUUACACGGAACUAUGGGUGGACGUAUGGAACAGCACCGAGGCAAGCAACGUGACCGAGAGGUUAAAUGCCACUAUAUUGUCAUCAGGAGGAGGCUACUGCGAUGAAUGGGAGGCAGCGCAGCAUAAACUCUUCCAGGCGGCGAAUCUGUUCUUCGCGGCGGCGUUCCUAGUGCCACGUUCUUUCAAAGCCUCGGUUCUGGCUCUUCGCACGUUUCUCACGGCCGGCUUCAUGCUGGCCGCCCUGUGGGCCGGCAUCACGAUAUGUGCACUGGACGCGAUGCUAUGGUGCCUGGCCCUCGGCCUUCUGAACGGUAUUCACUCGCUCAUACUCGCCUGUCGAUUUCUACCGCCUGCUCUCAGCCCGGAGCUAGCCGAGCUCUAUCUGAAACUCUUCAAGCCGUACAAGGUCAGCAAGAAGCACUUCCAGGAACUGGCCAAGGAGGCGAGGAUAUUGAAGCUGGAUUCCGGUCAAACGUACGCGACGGAAGGCGUCACGCCUGCCGACGAACGAUUAUCGAUACUCUUGCGUGGCAAGCUGAAGGUGACUUGCGACGGGACGCAUUUGCACCACAUCAAGGCUUAUCAGUUCGUCGACUCGCCUGAAUGGGAGGCCACGCACGAGAACAUCGACGACGUCUUCCAAGUGACGAUCCGCGCCGAGGAGUCGAGCACGUACAUUUGUUGGACGAGGCUGAAGUUGCUCAGGGUACUCAGGCAUAGGCCGCUACUGAAGGUCGUCCUCAACACCCUCAUCGGUAAGGACAUUACGUCCAAGUUGUACGCCCUUAACGAGCAGCUCGCUGGUGUCGCCGCGGCCAGUGAGACAACCACGUCGAAUCCUUACAGGGGCGUCGCGAGAAGUCUUAGCGUCGACGCUGUAAACACUGAAACUGCCGGAAGAGUACGCUCAACGACGUGGAAGGCGCAAAGGAGGCACAGUAACCCGCGUAGCGACAGGAGUUCACCGUCCCGGUACUCGCACCAGUACUGGGCGCCCGUGGUGGCAAAUCACUUCCCGCCGACUUCGCCGUUCACACCGGGUCAGAACCUCGGGUAUUCGUUACUGCCUCAGGGUGUUCAAUUUUCACCACCACCACGCGCACCCCUCCUGUCGCAUCAGCCGUUGACACGGCAGCGUAGCGGCGGAACGAGCGGCGAUUACACCCUGCUACCUCAGACACCGAAGCUCGAGAGGAAACGCUCGAAAAAGGGGACAAGGGAGGUGACGUUUGAAACGCCAGUAUGACGGUCGCUUGACGGGGAGGGCCCUGCUAGCGUGCCUCUGCUCUCUUUGUCGCCGCAGCGUUCCGCCUAGCCCCGUCGAAAUCACGUCAAAUUGAACCAAUUAACCAAGGUUCCUCCUUUGAAGCUCGUCGCCGCGUGGUCCGGCUCCUAAUCACACGGCCUAUCAUCCAUCAAAGUGUUGUGCCCGCGUGGUCGCGUGACACCAGGACAAACACGGACGACAAGCAGAACGCUCGGGCACCCAGUGUCAGUGGUAUGCAAGAGAGAGAGAGAGAGAGAGAGAGAGAUACUCGUCAAGAGACUUGGGUUUGAAUUAGACGCGCGACGAAUCAUGACCAUGUUCAUAUCCCGCAAGUGCUACGCCUUACGAACACAUUAUUAUCAAUACAACACGCAGAGCCACGUAACACGUGCACCUACCUAACGAUAAGUUAACCAAAGCCGUGUGUUCCGUUUAGCGAAUGGAGAGUGUAUGGUGUCCCCGAGUCGAGUGUACGGUGUCCUGGAACGCGUCUCUUCUUCUUCUUCUUUGUUUCUUCGCGAAAGAAGAACCGUGCUCGAAGGGAGACGACACGAGCUGAGAUUCGUUAAAGAGUUCCGGGCAACUACUUUCAUAAGUUUCGGAGGGAAAACUGGGACGAAGAAGACGCCCGGACAGGUGAUGAAAGCUGAAGGAAGUAAGAAGAGGGAAGGGCUGCUCGUAACUGGAAUUAGAAGCUCGAACGUUGGAACGAGGAACAUCCGGUCGAGUUUGAAGAUGGAUAGCGAAAAGGUGGAAUAAAGGAGAAGAAGGGAGAGAGGUGUUUUAUACGUAGGUAUAUUCGCUCGGCAAAUGGUUCUUCCGUAAUCUUUUGCUCCUGUUCGAUUUCCGUGACGAACUGGCGUUGUUUAAACUUCCUCUUCCGUUCGUGGCAGGGAUUCGGUUCGACGUUCGAUUGGGAUCGUGAUAGCAAUCAUAAAAAGACAGAAGUUGUAGUUUUCAAUAAUGAAUUCGGAGGAUGUUCUUAUGGAAUGGUUUGAAAUUAGAUUAUUAUAUUGUAUACUUUCGACGAGCAUCGCCGCUGUGUACACCCUUCCAUCGACUGUGAUUAUAAUGAAUAUAAUUAUUAAGUCUUUCAGAGGGAACGCUGAGCAGAUGCGUGGUACGGAUAUGUAAUGCAGAAGGUGAAUUAAGAAUAUUUUCGAUAGCCUCGAGUUCGGUCACUUCAGAUAAUGAGAACGAUAGAAUUUAAUUAAUCAUAAUUAGUUUAUGAUGCUCGUUAAAAAUGGUAAAGGGUUUUAGAAAUUAUUAUCGUUCGUGCCAUUUUUUCUUCAUCAAUUAAUGAAUCAUACUAAAAUGGUAGAAGAUAGAAAAAUGUAAUUAGAAAAUAUUAAAUGGUAAGUUUUUUAACGGAAUUGUGUAUAAUCAUAAACGUGAAACGUUAUAUUUUAUUAUUUUUCAUAAAAAAAUAUUAGAGUACUUGGGUCGAAAAUUGAUCAGUUCGAUAUUUUAGGGAGAGACAAGGACAGCCUAGGGUCUAAAAUCUUCUGUUGGAAUUGUGUACUUUGCUAUAUAUCAAUCGAAGCGAUUUUUAUUCUCGAUAAAAAUGUAUCAUAGAUACAUGGAUCGAAAAUUUAUUAGUUCAAAAGUUAUCUUAGGGAGAGACCACUAGAAUCUCCCUGUCUCUCCUUAAGAUAAUUCUUGAACUGAUCAAUUUUCAACCCAAGUACCUUAAUAACAUUCUGUAGAGAAUAACAAGACGCAGAAUUUGACGUCUACAGAAGCACUUUAAAAAAAGUUUUUCCAAAUUUGAAAAGUCGCUGUUUCUCCCUAAGAUAUCUUUUGGACUAACCACUUUUCGACCCAAGUGCCUUAACACAUUUCUAUAGAAAAUGAAAAAAUGCUUCAUAUGACAUAUAACGAAGUACUCAAUUGAAUUUUAAAAAAUAGAAAUGAUUUUGAAAUCCUUGAAACAUCUCAACUUUCGAUGUAGACAAUUAUACCAUGUGAUCCUCCAUUGAUUUUUCUUAAUAACACAUUUUUUUAUCUUCUACCAUUUAGAGCUACAGCUGGGCUCAAUUGCAUGGAACACCCUGUUGGAAUAUGCGAUAGUUAACAUGUUAAAAUUAUUACAAUUCAUUCUAACAGAAUGAAAGUAGAAAUAUUAAUUCGCAAGAUCGUAUCAUAAAUCACGUCAGCCGGUGACCUUAAUAUCGAAUAAUGAUUAAUCAUUGUCUUCCAUCUGGCUUUCCAUUUUCCAACAUGUUAACUUGCAAUUCUGAAACAGUGAAUCGCACGUUUCAUUUUUGAAUCCUUUACACUUUCCAUUUAUUUGAACGAGUAUCAUAAAUCAAUACAAUCUUGAAAUUCAUAUUUUUCUUCUAUAAUAGUAGACACUUUCUCCUUCAUGAACCGCUUGACGCGAACUUUUUUACAAUUGAAUAAUUCGUUGCAGUAAACAGCAUCGUUCCUUUUUUUCCUGCAAAACGAAUUUCGCGUGUCACGCCAUGAGAUUGAAUGAACGAUUGAAUUUCCAACGCGAGUCAUUUAGUUUCCCGGCGAAAAAAGGAAGCGAUUAAUUUCCUUCGAACGAGCGAUCCGCUCGACAAUUCCUGCUACCAGAAAAUCAUGCGUCAAUGUCUGGACUACUAUAUCGAGCUAGAGGACCGUUGUCAAAGAGUAAUUAAAAAAAGAAAAAAACAAUGAAACAAAAAUGCUAAAAGUUUAAAUUAUUAGCUUGUGUGUCAAGGGAUGCACUUUGACACAUAGAAGAUCUAACACAAUUUGAUGACAUAAAAAUAGGGCCAAAUGGGACUUAUAGCGUAUCAAUUUGAAGCCUGAAAUUUUAUGAUUGGUGUAGCUUGGUAAGGGCCAGAAUGGACCUUUAAAAAUCUAAUGUGGACCUUCACCAUUUUAAAAUUUUUAAAUUCCAAAAUUGAAGACUGGAAACUUUAGAAUUCCAAAAUUUCGAAAUGUCAGAUUUCCUAUAUUUCAUAAUUCCAAAAUUACAAAUCUUCAAAAUUCAGAUUUCCU